GGGGGGGGGGGGCGGGGAGGGCCGAUCGGCCUAAUCGCGAGCAAAUGGGUGCAAACGCGACUUAGAGGGGACAAACCCGUGCAGAACAAGUGCAAGCAAGCUGAUUUAUGUUCAUAAGCAAGCUGAAUACCUCACAGAAGCCAACGCUGACAACUCUUGCAAGGUGGUGAGCAUCUGGCAGCAGGAGUUCUUCAGCAGGAAGGAGGUCAAGUUCUCUUGCACCAUUGCAGCAAUAUGGACCCAAACGUAAUCCUCGCGUGUGUUACAGCUUCCGGCGCAGCUGCUUACAUCGGGCACUCGCUCCAGCAAGCCGGGCGCUCCGUUAAGGACGGCUUGGGCUCCAUUAAGGACGGCUUGGAGCGCGCCGGACUGCAGACCGUGCAGCAUAUGCAAGAGCAUGGGCCACACGUCAGUUCUCCGGCCAAGAAGGAGAAGCCGGCCAAGGAUGCGUGAGCUGAUGAAGGGCCAGAGGCGCUUCAUUUGCGUGCACCAAGCCGUUCCAGCAGCAAUACGUGGUGAGCAGUGGAUGGGCCGUGUCCUGCUUCUGACGAUGAACUCAUCCAGUCCCAAGGCCCAGUCGCCAUCCCCGAGGUCAGGCCGGGCGGGCAGACAGUUGUAGGCAGGCGGCCAGGCAGGCAGCACGUAAGCGCGUGUACGUGUGUGCGUUUGUGUUGGCCUCCACUGCAGCUCAAAUUUUGAGCCCCUUUACGCCGGAACGGGCUUGCAUGAUAGCUCUUCACGGGAUCUGCAUGGCUGUUGAAGGGGGCUGCGCAUGGCUCUCCCCCACGGAGUGUUUGCGUGUCGGGCACGGUGACAUGGCUGAGUACGGCAUAGCGUGGCGCCCGGUACGGCAACAUGCACGCGUGUGAGAGCAUUGCGACUUUGCCAAGCGCGUCUUGCGCCACACGCGGCGGGACGCCGUAAGUGCGGCUCUGCGUGUCAGCAGACCGACCAGUUUUUUUCCUGACGGGUGCCGCAAGUUUGCAUUCGGGCUCGGCAUUUGCCGAUGCUCACACACGCACACAAACACACAAGCAUCUCUCUCACCAAGGCGCGUGCUUGUGGUAGUGGCGGAGCGGGGUUUUGUAGGGGGCUGAUGCUGGUGCGUGGCGGGUGUGGAGGAUACGUGCCUGCGUCGGCAUUGCCGCUGCCGCCGCCGCCGCAUGGGCACAGGGGCACACGGGUUCCUGGCUUGCGUGCCUAUAGUGUGGUAAUACUCACUAAUGCGGUGCAAGCGGAGGUGCGGUACUGCACGCGUGCUGCGCAUCUGUUGACGCGGCAUGCCGUGGCGACUGCCCGCUAUUGAUUGAGGUAUUGCGCGCAGGGGUUUCGCACGUGGUUUUCGAACAGCAUAGACGCUUGGAUGAUGUGUUGGGUCGGGCUUUGCGAACGCGAGGCCGGCGUGUGCGUGAUGGCUUGAGCGGCAGUGAGGAAGCCGAGAGUAAACAGACGCUGGGCGGCAGUACCCCGCGCGGAAAGGCAUGUACCUCAGCCGGCCAUAACCAGAGGGGAAGGGUGUGAGUUUGUGGGCACAGUGUGGUGGUGGGGGGGCCGCAGGUGCAGGGGGGUGGUUCGGUGUGGGUCGCGACGCGUGCACUGCUCCACUUCACGCACGGUGGCAAUGCCUGGCUGUCAGGGCUCGCAUCCGCGUUGUGGCACGGCUGUGUACCAAGUUGUAAAGCACUGCUGUGCUGGUGCUCCCGUUGUUGCUGGGGUGGGGCGCACUUAUACCUUUUAGGGGGGGGGGGGGGGGGGGCGCAGCCCAUCGGCCCAUCGGCCCGAUCGCGAUCGCAAACGGGGCGACCUAGAGGCUAGAGGGGACAAACCCGUGCAGAACAAGUACAGGCAAGCUGAUUUUUGUUCACAAGCAACCUGAAUACCUCACAGAAGCCAACGCUGACAACUCUUGCAAGGUGGUAAGCAUCUGGCAGCAGGAGUUCUUUUAGCAGGGAGGAGGCCUGAACGAAAGAUGUCUUGCACCAUUGCAGCAAUAUGGACCCAAAUGUGAUCCUCGCGUGUGUUACCGCUUCCGGCGCGGUUGCUUACGUCGGACACUCGCUCCAGCAAGCCGGCCGCUCCAUUAAGGACAGCUUAGAGCGCGCCGGGCUGCAGACCGUGCAGCAUAUGCAAGAGCAUGGGCCACAUGUCAGUUCUCCGGCCAAGAAGGAGAAGCCGGCCAAGGAUGCGUGAGCUGGUGAAGGGCCAGAGGCGCUUCAUUUGCGUGCACCAAGCCGUUCCAGCAGCAAUACGUGGUGAGCGUGGAUAGCCACUUGUCGUGCUGGGCCUUGGGACUGGAUGAGCUCGUCGUCGUUAGCAGGACAAGGCCCAGCACGACAUCGUGUGGCCAUCCCCACCCACCAUGUAUUGCUGCUGGAACGGCGUGGUACACGCUAAUGAAGCGUCUCUGGCCCUUCACCCGCUCACGCAUCCUUGGCCGACUUCUCCUUCUUGGCCGGAGAACUGAAAUGUGGCCCGUGUUCUUGCAUACGGUAUGCUGCACGGUCUGCACGGUCUGCAGCCCGGCGCGCUCCAAGCUGUCCUUGACGGAGCGGCCGGCUUGCUGGAGCGCGUGCCCCACGUAAGCAGCUGCGCCAGCAGCUGUAACACAUGCAAGGACCAUACUUGGGUCCAUAUUGCUGCGUUGGAGCAAUGAAACUUUUCUCCUCCGGCAUGGCUGUGUCCGUGCCGGAGACCAACCCAGAGGAGGGCCCGGCGGGCCAGAGCAGGGGCCGCUGCUUGUAUACCUACUGACCUACGUAGUAGAGGACUGAUGCAACGUAGCGACGUGUGCUGGUGAACGAACGGACAAGUACUUGAGUAUGCGCCAGUUCAUUGCGGUUUGGAAAGGUUGGAAUGCAUGGGGAUUCUGAGAGUUUGACGUGCGUACGGGAGUCGGUUCCAUGAUACAGUCGUACUGUAAAGCUGUCUCGGCCGCGCGAACCGGCGGCGACACCGAGGCAACAGCACGGAUGCCGGAGGCGCCGGCGCCGGAAGGGCCGAGCGAUCCUGCGCGGAGGGGAGAUUAGCCGAAAAAGAGGGGCGGGAAAGAAGGGCGGGCACUUGAGUGAGAACGUUAGAAGUAACGUUAAA